AUGCCAUCUGUUUUGACGUCCACUACUUGGAAUAGUAGUGGAUGGUUCACCAAGAGAUCAUACUCGAAUGAAUCAACUACACAACCAGAUACAGUUGAGUCGGCAACACCUCAACCAUCAGCAUCAUCAGGAGUAAGCAAUACAGUGUUCCAACGAGCAAAGGUAAAGGGAACUGAGGGUAAACCAUUGAUUGCAAUCGUUGGCAAACCAAAUGUUGGCAAGUCUACUCUGUUCAAUCGAUUAGUGCAAGGAUCGAGACAGGCAUUGGUCGAGGAUAUACCAGGAACAACUCGAGACAGAUUCUAUGGUGAAGCUCUGUUGUAUGGUCAUCAGUUCCAGUUGGUGGACACGGGUGGUCUCGUAGGUGAGGCUGCCGCUCACACUGAUCAUUUCGCAGAGGCAAUUAAGACACAAGCAACCAUCGCAAUGGAUGAAGCAGACUCUAUUAUAUUCCUGUUGGACGCAAAGACUGGUAUCACUGGUGUCGAUCGUGAGAUUGCGAGAAUGUUGCGAACCAAGUUUAAUACACAGGGCAAGAAAGUGUUCCUUGGAAUCAACAAGGCUGACAAUGAUGACUCUGUGGACAGACUACCUAUGGAUGAGCUUCGACGAUUGGGUCUUGGCGAUCCUUAUCCCUUCUCUGCGAUCCAUGGUGCUGGUGUGCUCACACUGUUGGACAAGGUGCUGAAGUCUCUCCCAGAUAGCAAGUUGGCAUUGGGCGAUCCCUCUGAGCAGACCUCUAUCAAGAUAUCGAUUGUUGGACAACCAAACGCUGGCAAGUCCAGUCUCUUGAAUCAGAUCAUUGGAGAGGAGAGAUCAAUCGUCUCUGAUAUCUCUGGAACAACACAUGAUCCAGUCGACUGCAACUUCAUUUGGCGAGACAUUCAUGACCUCACACUCAUUGACACGGCAGGCAUUCGAAGGAGGAGCACACACAAGAUAGGUCUUGAGAAGUCAUCAGUGCUGUGGGCUAUGAAGGCUAUUGAGCGAUCACAUGUAGUAUUGAUGAUGAUUGAUUCCACAGUGGGAUUGACCGAUCAGGAUCUCAAGAUUGCAGACUUUAUCACACAGAACAACAAGAGUGUAGUGUUGAUCAUCAACAAGUGGGACCUAUAUGCACAGAACAAGAAGAAGGCAGCCAAGCUCAUUGAGAAGAAGCAGUUCCAUGAUCUACAAGAGAGAUACAGACCAAACCUAUCUUUAUUGGAUGAGAUAUUGGAUGACAACAAUAUCAUUGGAGGUGGAAAAAAGAAUAAGAGAGCAGUACAACUUGGAAAUGUCAAGAAUAAUGAGGAAAUGGACGAGGAUGACAAUGAUGAAGAUGAUCAAGAGGAGGACGAGGAAGAAGAUGAAGAUAAUGAUGAGGAAGAAGAGUUGGAGAAGAAGCAGAUUAUGAAGAAGAAUGGGUUGUCAAAGAAGGAGUUUUUGAUACAGACAAGUUCAUCAAAGCUAAGCUAUGAUAGCGACUUUUGGCCAAGCAAAGAAGCAUCAGAUAGAAGGACCAAGGAGCAGGAUCUGUUGGAGGAGAUCGAGCAAGAGUUGGAUAAUAUUAAGGAGGACGAGGUCGAUGGUGACGUAGAGGGUGACAACGAUGCAGUUGAUUAUCUCAAGGAGGAGGAUAAUAAUGAGGAAGAUCAAGAGGAAAAAGAUGAGGAGGAGAGAGAGUACAACUUUAUCAAGGCGUAUUGGAAAUAUAUGAAGAAGUUGGAGAUUGCAGAGGCCGAGGGUAAGAAACAAAGACCUCCUCCACCAGAAGUGAAAAUGCCAGUUCUUUCCAAGGAGCAGAAGGAGUACGAGAGGACACUGAGAGAGAAGUUGACCUUCCUUGACUAUGCACCCGCCAUAUUCACAUCGGCAAAGACUGGAUUCUGUGUUCCAACAGCAAUGGAUUUGGCAAUCAAGAUAUUCUUUGAAAGAGAGAAAAGGCUGCGAGUCAAGGAAUUGAUGGCAAUCAUCAAGCAAGCUACAUUCAAACACAAGAUGCCAAAGAAGGGCAAGCGUAACCUUCGUAUCAAAUUUGCCAUUCAAUCCAAAGGUUACCCGCCAAGCUUUGUAUUCUUUGUCAAUGAUCCAGACAAGGUACAACCAUCGAUCAACAGAUACCUGCUCAACUCUAUUCGCGAGACCUAUCCAUUUGUAGGAACACCAAUCAGUAUCUUUUUCAGAAGGAACAAGCGUAGACCAACUUACAAAAGAAAACAAACAAAUUAUUAA